GUGGCGCGUGCGCGGUAGCAAGGGGCCUGGGAACUGCGUGGCUUGCUGCCUAGGCGCUUCCGCUCCGGGAUCUGGUUCUGGCACCGAAGGCGCUGGGCUGGCGGCUUUGACUCUCUUGCAGUUGGGUGGGAGGUAUCUCGGGGUCUACAUGAGCCAGUGGCAUCAUGCCCGCGGCGGCUGGGCCCAGGGACGCGCCUUCUCUGGACGUCGCUCCACCAAGAAGAGGGGCGGAAAUCACGUUCCGGAAAGGUGGAAAGACUAUCUUCCAGUUGGACAACGGAUGCCUGGGACUCGUUUCAUUGCUUUCAAAGUUCCUUUGAAAAAGAGUUUUGAAAAGCACCUUGCUCCAGAAGAACGUUUUUCCCCCUUGGACCUUUUUAACAAACUCCAAAAACAGAAUGAAGAACUUGGACUGAUUAUUGACUUAACGUACACUCAUCGCUAUUAUAAGCCAGAGGACUUACCAGAAACCAUUCCUUACUUAAAAAUUUAUACAACUGGGCAUCAGGUGCCUGAUGAUGACACUAUUUUUAAAUUCAAAUGUGCUGUUAAUGAGUUUUUGAAAGAAAAUAAAGAUAAUGACAAACUCAUUGGUGUUCAUUGUACCCAUGGUUUAAACAGGACUGGCUAUCUCAUCUGCAGAUACUUGAUUGAUGUAGAAGGCAUGAGGCCAGAUGAUGCAAUUGAAUUAUUCAAUAGGUGCCGUGGACACUGCUUGGAAAGACAAAACUAUAUUGAAGACCUUCAGAAGGGCCCCAUCAGAAAGAACUGGGAUUCCAGUGUAUCCAGAUCGAGUGGUUUUGAAGCUGCACCACGUAUGAUGGAACCAGUCCACACCACUUUUAAGUCUGUUUACCAAGGACAGAGGUAUAACCUACAUCAUCAGACCCAAGGCUAUCCAGUACCUUGGCAUUUCCACAGCCAGACCCAAGAUUUGCAGCAGUCAGUAAGAAAAUUUUCACAGAAUCAAAACCAGAGAGGCCUUCUCCCUCCACCUGGUCCCCCUGGAGAGGACUAUUCACAAAUGAGGUACUCUUGGAGUGUAAUGCCAAAUGCCAGUCAAGCAGCCCAGAAUAAAAGGUGGUAUCCUGGCACUUACUACGGACUAUCCUAUCCAGCCUGUUGCGGAUGGACCCAAUGACACCAACCUAUCCUGGAAAUCUCUCUGUGGAUAGAGCAAGACUGAAGACAGCUGGAGUGACUUUUUGUAAGAUCAGAUCAAGUGAGGUUUAUAAUCUGUUUCAUUCCUCCCUGUGUGUUCAAACUUAAGGAAUUACAUUGAUACUUAACCUCUUUGAUGAGAAGUUUGCCGUAUUUGCAACAGUAAAGAAAUAAUCUGUCAUUCAGUCUUAAAUUUUUUAAAAGAAGAUGAUAUUUUAGAACUGAUGAAGUAAUAAAAAAUUUCCCAUGCAAAUUA